AUGAUAAAUGAACAGGAGCGUCACGUGCAUCAUGUUGGUGGACCUAUACCGAUAGGCUAUAGAACAGCUGGUGGUGGUUGCAGUUCAGCGGCACCGCAACAGCUGCCACAUGCUCCAGUCGAGCAGCAGGCUCCGUACGGAGAUGCGUUAUUGCAAUCAGGGUUUUUGGGGACAGAAAAUGGCGGCGGGGAGGCAGCCAACGGCAUUGGUAAUGGUCACAGGUGGCAUGAGGGGGAUCCACGGAAUAUUUCGUCAGCAAUGUAUCACUCUUUUAAUCAGCAUAUGUUGACAGAUCCCUUGAUUCAGGAGAAUUUGUCACCUUUCUUUCAGCCGUUUGGGGUGGAUGCAUCGCAUCUACCGUUGACAAACCCACCAAUCUUUCAGAGCUCGUUGACAAGGUUCGAUGAACCGGUGAGAAGAAGGAGAAUCUCUAUCUCGAACGGACAGAUUAGUCAGCUUGGAGAGGACCUGGAGACGGUGGAAAACCUCUACAAUACACAGCCACCUCCGCUACCGCAGAGGUUCGAUCAUCAGGCGGUCAAGCCGCAGUUCUAUGAGCCGGCAACAGCGGCAACCGAUGGCGAGAAAAACGGUUUCAUGCAUAUGCGGGACGAAGCUGGCAUCCAGCAGAAAAUGGCGAAUUCGGUGGGCAAGCUGCCAUCCUGGGACGCUCCGGCGGUCAAGGAUGAAAAGCUUGUAGACAACCUUUUGCAGGACACUGGCGACAAUCGAAAUGGCAUUCCGAACGCCAACGCAACAUCGGUCCCCUUACCACCAAAUGGCAUUAUGAGCAGGACUCCUUCUUCGUCAUCUUCCACUUCAACAUCGUACUAUGGACAGCAGAACAGUUACGGUUCUAAACAUUACCGUCCGCAAGAGCCCAUACCGGGAACAAACGCCUGGAAACGAGCAAGGCUCUUGGAAAGAAACAGGAUAGCAGCAUCCAAAUGUCGGCAGAGGAAGAAGGUCGCUCAGUUGCAAUUACAAAAGGACUACGACAUACUGAUCAAGGAGAAUAAAGUCAUAAAGAAGAAGUUAGAUUACUACGAAAAACUUGUAUCCAAGUUCAAGAAGUUCUCGGAAACUCACUUGAAGAAAUGUUCUGGGAGCGAUAGUCAGUCUUUCAGUAUCAUCGAAGAGAUGCUCAUGAUAGAUUCCGAUAUACGGGAAGUUGACAAUGACGGACUGGUUGUCAAAAUGGAGGAUAGUUGA